AUGGGGAACUGCCUCAAGUCCCCCACUUCGGAUGACAUCUCCCUGCUUCACGAGUCUCAGUCCGACCGGGCCAGCUUUGGCGAGGGGACGGAGCCGGAUCAGGAGCCGCCGCCGCCAUAUCAGGAACAAGUUCCAGUUCCGGUCUAUCAUCCAACACCUAGCCAGACUCGCCUAGCAACUCAGCUGACUGAAGAGGAACAAAUUAGGAUAGCUCAAAGAAUAGGCCUUAUACAGCAUCUGCCUAAAGGAGUUUAUGACCCUGGAAGAGAUGGAUCAGAAAAAAAGAUCCGGGAGUGUGUGAUCUGUAUGAUGGACUUUGUUUAUGGGGACCCAAUUCGAUUUCUGCCGUGCAUGCACAUCUAUCACCUGGACUGUAUAGAUGACUGGUUGAUGAGAUCCUUCACGUGCCCCUCCUGCAUGGAGCCAGUUGAUGCAGCACUGCUUUCGUCCUACGAGACUAAUUGA